AUGGAAUGUGCGGGGCGAGCCUUGCUCUUCUGGACUUAUCAGACCACGCAGGAGAUCUUUUACCAGGAAUUUCUCGCAAAGACGCUGACGGAGAAAUACGCGACGAUCAACACUCAGAUGGACAAAGUGAUCCAUAAUGCGAACACGGAGAUAUCAAGCCUACAGGCGCGACUCUCUGACAUGCAAACUGCCCAGGAACAGCUUCAGAAGAAAAACCAGGAGCUUGUCGACUUGUAUCGCGACAAAUGCAAGAAGUUCACCCAGAUUACGAACCUCUACAACUUGUUGAAAUCCCGAGCCAUGAGAUCGCAGAUGCAGACUGCUGCAUCCGAUACUGUAUCCUCCGCGCUCAACACCAUGGGAAGAUCACGGAAUGGUCCCCCAGUAACGGCACCCACAACUCUGCAAGCUACGUCCGUUCCUCCCCAGACCCCUGCGUUUCCGCAGAAUACCUUUCCCAUCAACCAAGAGGGUGUGGAACAGCUACACCGACACCAGCGCAGUGGUACUGGGAGCUCAAAGAAGACGGGGAGCGCUGUGGCCGCAAUGCCGCCGCCUGGGAGACCUCUAGGCAUUACAAGAAUUCCACCGGACGCGCUUAACGGGCCCGUCGCGUCCGUCGACCUCAACGUCACAUUUGCAGGAAAGGGUCCUAUUUGA